UAUUGAGGCCGCAGUUCGCAUUUCGCAGCGCCCGCAAGUAGGUUACACAUUUUUAGUCGCUCUCCCGAUUUAUUAAAUCAAAUUGUGAGAUUAACCACUCAAUCACCACAUACAUUCCCGAGCACAUUUAGAUAUUGUAAUUUCACGAAAUGGAGUACAAACUGAUCACAGCUGACCACUUUGAGCGAGUGAUCGAGCAUUUGCGUCGCAAUUUUUUUGCCGAUGAGCCACUGAAUCGUGCUGCUGGCCUCUGCCAGCACGGGGGUGGCAACGCUGAACUGGAGCAUCACAGUCUGACAACGCUGCAGGAUCAGCUAAGCAUCAUGGCAGUGGAUGUUCGUAAGGAUAGCAACAGCUACGGCCAAAUCGCUGGCGUCAUACUCAAUGGCGUCCUCCGUCCAGGCGAUACGGAACAGGCGCUAGAAAAACUGCAGGAGAGCACCGAUGCCAACUAUAAGAAAAUCUUUGAGCUGCUCUACGGCCACAGCCUGCAGGUGGAUCUCUUUGCGCGCUACAAUGUCGAACAGAUUUUUGAUGUUCGUAUCCUCUCAGUGGAUGCACGCUAUCGCGGACAGGGCAUAGCCAAGGAACUGGUGCGCCGCGCCGAGCAGGUGGCACGCAAAUCGGGCUUCCAGCUGCUCAAGGCUGAUGCCACCGGCAUCUUCUCACAAAAGAUUCUGUGCUCGCAGGGCUUCCAGCCGUUCUCCGAGCAGCUCUAUGCCAAAUAUACAAAUGACGUUGGCGAGAUAAUCUUACCCGUGGAGGCGCCACACAUUAAGCUGCAGCUGCUGACCAAACAGCUCAACAAGGACACUCAGUAGAAAUACAAAGACAAAAACUAAAUUUUUAUAGCCAUUUUUUUUAUUAUUAUAUACGAGUUUAUACAUAUACAUAUAUAUAUAUAUAUAGAUAUAUGUACGUUA